UCAGUCCGUGUCGUUCUAGCUAUACACUACUUCACUACACUCGUGUGAACCUCUUCCGAGCUUUAUUCUAAUUCCCACACUCUAUCUCUCCAUCCACCAUGAAGACUCUGAUUUUCCUAGGACUCAUCGCCAUCGUUCGGGCCGCUCCGGGAUACUAUGGUGAUCAUGGGCUCUCCUACGUAGCUGCCGCUCCCGCUCCGAUCGUGAAGUACGCCGCACCGGCCGUAUCCGUCGUGCAUGCCGCUCCUGCUCCCGUGCUGAAGUACGCCGUUGCUCCAGCUCCGAUCGUGAAGGCAGUUGCACCGGCCGCCACCAGCUACGCCACCAUCCAUCAGGUUCACGCUCCCGUCGUACAUGCCGCUCCGGUGGUGAAGUAUGCCGCACCUGCACCCGUAGUUUCGUACGUCCACUCGGCACCGGUCGUUGCUCAUGCACCGGCUCCACUGCUCAAGUACGCACCGGCCUACCAUGGAUGGUAAGGUGACAGCUUCGGGAUGGACCAAGCGAGCAGCAUUCCCAACUGGACUGGUGGCAAUUUUAAUGACCGGACUGUACGACGGACAGAACCAAGGCACAGUCUUCAGAACCAAGGUGGAUCUUCUUUCCAAUGUACGUUUCCGCUCAAAAUCUUGCAUUUAAUUCAAGUCGUGUGUGUUCAGGUUCUUGUUUUGUUUUUUAUUAUUUUUGUUUUGUUUAUAAUAAACAACCAAAGCAUACCAGCUA